AUGGGACGUAUUGGAAAAUUUUUUGGUAAUCCGGGGUCAAGACCUGAUGUACGCCAGCGGGCUCCUGUGAUUGUACCGAAUUUUGCGCUGGAAAGCGCAACCGGUAAGGCUUCGCACGAAGAACAAACUUCUUUAGUCUCGACGAGCGAUGAGAGCAGUACGGAAUACAGCACCGUGACGGUCGCUGAUAAUGGCUGGAUCAGGACCAGCCAUGGAUUCACCGGCCUGCAGAAGGACCUUACAGAUCGGAUCUUGGAUAAUCUGGUCUGGAUGGCAGGGACUGAAUAUGUAUUCUUUACUAUGUGGGCCAUUUUGAUCGUUUGGAUCAUUCUGGGCUGCGUGUACGGGGCCCCCAACGUUUGGCAAGUGGUUAUGCAAGAUGGCCAGUCGCUUCAAUGCUACUUCUGGGAUACGUUGUUGAUGAGACAGCAGCUUAUCAGUGCGCAUGAACAGAAGGUGAUUUGCGGUGUUGUGAGAUCCAGAAUUGCCGGUUUCAAGAUGCUUGCUCGGAAAUCAAGACUAUGCCUGGAUCAAAGACUGAAAGACAACGAAGUGACUGUGACUGAUGCAGCCAUUGAUAUCGAUCUCAGUGGUAAACUCCCGGUCGAGAACUGGUACGAUAGGCUGGCUAACUGGUUUAGUGUAAUUAUCGGUUCCCUGUACAGCAUGAUUGCCUUUUGGAUCGGUAUCAUAAUCUGGAUAGUCUGCGGUGUUAUUCCAAAGCCCGGAGACAAUCAACCACCAUACACAGGGGAGACUGCGGGGAGCAACCCCCGUUUGACGAAGUUUAGUAGUACUUGGCAGCUGUACAUUAAUAGUGCCACGGCUGUUGUUCUGUUAGUCAGUAGCAUGUUUUUGCAGAACAUUAGGGCAAGACAUGACAAAUUCAUCUCAAAGUUCAUCGUCAAGAUCUUUGCCGCUGAUAGAGAAAUCGAGGAAAGGUUGAGAACUGAUGCUGGCGACUUUGAAACGGGAAACCCAGCUACCACUGUUGUAUCAGCUAAAAGGACUGAGGGCCAAAAAAUCAUCGAUUUCUACGCUGAUGUCGUCGGCACUGGUAUUGGCGUCGUCAUUGCCAUUGGCGCCAUAGUGGCAUGGUUGUCUGUCGGCAAGGUGAUGAAUUGGAAUGACAACUGGUGGUUGAUUAUCGGUACUUACACCGGGCUCGUUGGUUUCCUCGAUGGCUUCGUUAUUAGAGAAGUCUAUUACAGGAUUGUCACAGAUGAGGAGCGCAAUUACGAGAUCGUCGCUCAGGAUGACCUGGAGCUAUUCGAUGUGCUGGAUAUCAGCUGCCCUGAAGAAUUCAAUGGAAAACCGCCCAACGGUCAGAGGAAAGCACUCGAUUUCAGAAUCUCGACGUGGAUCAACCGCUUGUGCUCAAGCCAAUGGAGUGUUGUUUUCUCAAUUGUCGUUAUCAUCGGGCUUAUCAUAGCGGCGUCUGCCCUUCAUUGGACUACUACAGGGCAACUGCUAGCCAACACGCCUACAAUGAUCAUUGAAGCGUUUUUCAUGAUCGUUCUGAUCCAAGCGCAUAAUUGGGCUGAUUGUCAGCGUAGAGUGGAGCUGACUGCACUUCUAGCUCGCAGACAAAUCAUUCUUCAUCACCUCGACAGACGAGGUUGCAAUCUCGGUCAUAAUACCGUCGUAUCCAAGGGAGAAUAG